AUGAAGAUAAAGACUAUAAGCAGAUCAUCGGACACAUAUGUGCCAGUGAGAAAUACUCAGGAAUCUUCGCUUCCUAGAAAUUUAAAUCCAGCAUUACAUCCAUUUGAAAGAGCAAGAGAAUAUACAAAGGCUUUAACAGCCACCAAAAUGGAGAGGAUGUUUGCCCAACCAUUUGUAGGGCAGUUGGGAGAUGGUCAUAGAGAUGGAAUUUACUCGAUAGCCAGAAACUUUUCUACUACAAAUCAAAUAGCGACAGGUUCUGGUGAUGGGGUUAUAAAAUACUGGGACAUGACCCUGCGGGAUGAAGUAAUAAGUUUUAAGGCGCAUUAUGGAAUGGUGAGUGGUUUAUGUGUUACUCCAAAUACUAGCCAUAUGUUAUCAUGUGGUGACGAUAAGACGGUUAAGUUAUGGUCUGUCAGCAAGGAUGACUUUGAUGCUAGCCAAUCCGAUACAGAGGUUUACACAAAGAAGGAUAAUGGAUUAGUCAAGACGUUCUUGGGUGAGCAUUCAUUCAAGGGUAUUGACCAUCAUAAUAACGACGAUUUAUUCGUUACUGGUGGUGCAUCCAUUCAAUUAUGGGACAUGAACAGAUCUAAAUAUAUUUCUAAUUUAUCGUGGGGGGCUGAUAACAUAAAUACCGUGAAGUUCAAUAGAACUGAAACCAAUAUCAUUGCAUCUGCUGGUUCUGAUAACUCUAUUGUAUUGUAUGAUGUCCGUACGAAUUCUCCAAUUCAAAAAGUUGUCACCAGCUUAAAAACCAACUCUAUCUCCUGGAACCCAAUGGAAGCAUAUAACUUCGCAAGUGCCUGUGACGAUCACAACGCCUACUUAUGGGACAUGAGAAAGUUGAAUAGAUCCUUGAAUGUCUACAAGGACCAUGUGGCUGCUGUCAUGGAUGUUGAUUUCUCUCCUACUGGUGAGGAAUUGGUAACCGGUUCCUACGACAAAACCUUGCGUAUAUUCCGUGCCAGAGAAGGUCAUCUGAGAGAAAUAUACCACACCCAGAGAAUGCAGCGUGUAUUCAGCGUCAAAUUCACCACCGAUGCUCGUUACAUAUUGAGUGGUUCUGAUGACGCAAAUGUGAGAUUAUGGAGAGCCGUGGCUUCCGACAGAUCGAAUAUCAAGUCAGCAAGACAAAGAUCGAAGCUCGAAUAUGAUGCUGCUUUGAAAGAGAGAUUCAAGCAUAUGCCAGAAAUCAAGAGAAUCGCAAGACACCGUCAUGUUCCCAAGGUUGUUAAGAAAGCUAAUGAGAUUAAGAGGACCGAAAUUGAUGCUUUGAAGAAAAGAGAAGAUAACGAAAGAAGGCAUUCCAAACCAGGCUCCAAGCCGUUCGUCUCUGAGAGAGAAAAACAUAUCAGAGGUACUGCGAUCAAGGAUAAUAAGUAG